AUGGAAUAUCCGUCAGUACCGAAUGCGUGUGGUAUCCUGGCAAAAGCAAGGCAUCCCUUUGGACCGCGUAUCAUUGCAAACACGAACGAUAAUAUACAAAACGACAUCGACAAGGUCAAUGGACUAAUUGCAAUUGAAGCGGGCUCGGUAGCGGAAGAUAGGCCCAAGGAUAAGAUGACGGAGCAGGUCGGUCUUGUCGUCACUCGUAUCGAGGGUUGA